GCGCGCCGGAAGCAGCUGGGCAAGAGCGCUGCGGGGCCGCGGCUGGACCGCGGAGCCGCCGCGACCAUGCCGGUCACCGGGAAGACUUUCCGCCGGCGCCGGGUCGACUCGGAGUCGGAGGAAGAUGAGCAGAACUCAGAAGAGGUUCGAUUAAAACUGGAAGAGACCCGAGAGGUGCAGAACUUGAGGAAGAGGCCCAACGGAGUGAGUGCUGUGGCCUUGCUGGUGGGAGAGAAGGUACAAGAAGAGGCCACUCUAGUGGAUGAUCCCUUUCAGAUGAAGACAGGCGGAAUGGUGGACAUGAAGAAACUGAAGGAAAGGGGCAAAGAUAAGAUCAGUGAAGAGGAAGACCUCCACCUGGGGACAUCGUUUUCAGCAGAAACCAACCGAAGGGAUGAGGACGCCGACAUGAUGAAGUACAUUGAGACAGAGCUGAAGAAGAGGAAAGGGAUUGUGGAACACGAAGAACAGAAAGUGAAGCCCAAGAAUGCAGAGGACUGUCUUUACGAACUUCCAGAAAACAUCCGCGUUUCCUCAGCAAAGAAGACGGAGGAGAUGCUUUCCAACCAGAUGCUGAGCGGCAUCCCCGAGGUGGACCUUGGCAUCGAUGCUAAAAUUAAAAACAUCAUUUCCACGGAGGACGCCAAGGCCCGUCUGCUGGCAGAGCAGCAGAACAAGAAAAAAGACAGUGAGACGUCCUUUGUGCCCACCAACAUGGCGGUGAACUACGUGCAGCACAACCGAUUUUAUCAUGAGGAGCUCAAUGCCCCAAUACGGAGAAACAAAGAAGAGCCCAAAGCCCGUCCGCUGAGAGUGGGCGACACGGAGAAGCCAGAGCCUGAUCGGUCCCCCCCUAACCGCAAGCGCCCCGCUAAUGAGAAGGCCACCGAUGACUAUCAUUAUGAGAAGUUCAAGAAGAUGAACAGACGGUACUGAGGGUGGCGAAAGGGGAGAAGAGCAGAGUGGGGUGUACACAGCACUGUCCCCCAUCCCCCGGGAGGGAAGGCGUCCUGGGCAGAAGCCCGAUCGAUCGCUGGCCAGCGGGCGGUUCCAAGAACAGACUGUAUUGGUCCAGCUGCUAACCUGCUGGAUUUUUCAAGCUCUGAAUUUGUAACCUUUUGAAACAAUAUGUGGUUUUUUUACUGGGGCGGGGGGCAAACUAUUCUUGUGAGUGUUAUUAAAUCUUGUUUGUAAAUAUGUUGCCUUUUUCAAAAUUUGAGCUGCCUCAGGAGGAAACAGCUGUGUGAUCAGGGGGAGAUAAUACCCUUUAAAUUGUGCUUUUAUUAUUAUAUGUGUCAUCAUAUCUUCUACUUCUGAUUAUCUGGAAUGGGGUUUGGAAAUGAAUCCUUCACUGUUUCCAUUGGAUCCAGUGAACAGCAGGAAAAUCUAGAAUGGGAUCAAAAGGACACUGGUAUUUUCUGAUUUUUACAAAGUUACCUGUUUCUUUUCAUUAAGAAGGAAAAAAAAUCAAAUGUCUCUAUCACUUCCGCACUUCAGUAUUAAAUAUGAAAUGA